GAGCGCAUGCUGCAGUCACGUGUGUGUGUGUGUUUGUGUGUGAGGGAGCGACACGGGGAGCACAUUAGCCGUAGUUUAAGAUCACAGGAGUUUGUAGUUAGUUUGACACACGUUCAGUUUGGAGAAAUGUCGCAGCUGCAGGCGAGAUUCUUCACGGAGAACAAAAAGUAUGCUGUGGAUGAUGUGCCCUUCUCCAUCCCAGCCUCCUCUGAAGUGCAGGAUCUCAGUAAUGUCAUCAACAAGCUGCUGGAGGCCAAAAAUGCAUCUCACAGCAAAGUGGAGUUCGACUUCCUGGUCAGGGGUCAGUUCCUGCGAGCGCCGCUGUCCGCCCACAUGGAGACGGAGGGGAUAUCCACGGAAGAGGUGGUGGAGAUCGAGUACGUGGAGCGGAUCACAGCCCCCGAGCCCCAGGAGUGUAUGAUGCACGAUGACUGGAUCAGCUCUGUCCACGCCGACAACGAAUGGAUCCUGACAGGCUCGUACGAUAAGACAGCCAGGAUCUGGUCCGUCGAGGGGAAAGCUGUGACGACGGUGGCCGGACACACGGACGUGGUCAAAGACGUGGCCUGGGUCAAACGAGACGGCCUGACCUCGCUCCUCCUGACCGCCUCUCUGGACCAGACGGUGCUGCUGUGGGAGUGGAACUCGGAGAGGAACACGGUGAAAGCCCGGCACUGCUGCCGGGGCCACACGGGCAGCGUGGACACGGUCUGCGCAGACCCCACCGGCACCAAGUUCUGCAGCGGCUCGUGGGACAAGAUGCUGAAAAUCUGGUCAGCAGUUCUCACGGACGAGGCCGACGAAGUGGAGGAGCCCGGCGACAGACCGAGGAAGAAGCAGAAGACGCAGCAGAUGGGCCUGACCAGGACGCCGUCGAUGACUCUGUCCGGACACAACGAGGCGGUGUCCUCGGUCCUGUGGUGCGACAGCGAGGAGUUGUGCAGCGCCUCCUGGGACCACACCAUCCACGUGUGGGACGUGGAGACCGGAGCGAUGAAGACGACUCUGACGGGCAGUAAAGUGUUCAACUGCAUUUCUUACUCGCCUCUGUGUCGACGGCUGGCCUCAGGCAGCACCGACAGACACAUCCGGCUCUGGGACCCACGCACCAAAGAUGGGUCUCUGGUGCAGCUCUCUCUGACCUCCCACACCGGCUGGGUCACCGCCGUCAAGUGGGCGCCGUCGCACGAGCACCAGCUGGCCUCGGGGUCGCUCGACAACCUGGUGAAGCUUUGGGACACCAGAAGCUGUAAGGCUCCUCUCUACGACCUGGCGGCGCACGAGGACAAAGUAUUCUGUGUGGACUGGACGGAGAGCGGGCUGAUGCUGAGCGGAGGAGCGGACAACAAGCUGUACACCUACAGACACUCGGCCUGUCAGACGGACGCCGGGGCGUGAGAAACGAGACUAAGACGAAAAGGACCGCACAGAAUUCUUCCGACUUUGUUUGCUCUCCUGGUUAUUUCUACUCUCCUCAGCACACAUAUUUUCUUAUCGAUUGUAUUUGUUCCUGUUCAAACCAGCAGAGUAUAAAUUAAUAUUGUACCAUAUAAAAUGUCGUCUCUUCUUUCUUCUGCACCGUUUGUGUUGCACAACGUUUUUCUGACAUCUGAUGAGAAAUUUAUCCCAUUUAAGUAACUCUCCAAGCCUUGAAUUGAGAAAUGUGAGAUUUUAUUCAGUUUUUCCAAUUCCUAGUUCCCUGUCCCAUGACGGAGUAUUUAUUUCCACUGCCUUCAAAAAAGUCACCAAAGUUAAACAUACAUGGUUACAAAGAGCGUCAAAUGUAUGCAUUGUCUUACCUGAGUGC